AACUUCAAAGCUUUGUUACUUUUUGAGUGUCUUUGGUUUAUAAGCCUUUUUCUUGAGAACAAUGCACAACCACUACACUUUGCACUACACUUAAAACUAAUGCAUCUUUGUGCUUUUAACAGCAAUAUUGAUGAACAUGUUUGCUUCAUGUUUCUGUUUAUUUGGUGUAAUUUAUAUGUUAAAGUGUCUUUUUAUGGUUUAGUUUUGUUAGGUUUUUAUUUGGAAUCUCGUUAUAUUUGUUAGGGUUUUGCCUGUAUCAGCUCUUGUUUUUAAUGCUAUUUGCUGGUGGUGUCUGGUUAAAAACGUAAAAUUUUCACGGCAAGUUUCAUUUUAACUUGUUACACUUGAACGAUCAUAAUUCAACUUCAAAUUAAACAAUCGUGAAUGUAUAUUUCUUGUUUAAUGGUUAACAAAACCUUGAUCAUGUAUCUAUGUGAAAAUUAUGAUAAGCAAAAAAUUAUUUUUCUGUACUAUUGCUUGGCUUUCAUCAUAUUAGUUAUCCGGCUUCUUCUGUCUUUUUCAGUUUAUUAUGAGUAGAAAAUAUGUCAGGCAUUCCAAAUUGACCUUUAUUUGCGAUGACCUGUUUUGUUCAUCUAUUUGUGUUGCAGCUUGUGUUACUAUUAUGGAGUUAUUUCAUGGUAGUUUUCCAUGAUCCGGGUGCAGUGCCUGUUGGUUGGCAACCUGCUUUAAAAGGAACCUACUCGGCAUUAGAAAAUUCUGUGAUUUUGGCAGAUCACAUUGCCAUUGAUGCCGGGGAAUCAGAUUUUUCAUCUGCAGAGGGAUCAGGAAGAAGGCCAAGCAUACGUUACUGCAGUCAUUGUCAAAACAACAAACCUCCACGCUGCCAUCAUUGUUCUGUUUGUCAGAGAUGCGUACUUAAGAUGGAUCAUCAUUGCGUAUGGGUUGUCAACUGUGUUGGUGCACGCAACUAUAAAUUCUUUCUUCUAUUUCUGUUUUAUACUUUCCUUGAGACAAUCUUGGAUUCUCUUGCACUUCUUCCACAUUUUAUAAAAUUCUUUGGAGAUGCUCGUAACCAUUCUGGCUCACCUGGAAAUCUUGCUGUCACCUUUCUUUCUUUUGUGCUUAAUGUGGCCUUCGCACUGAGUCUACUUUGUUUUGUGGUUAUGCACACAUCUCUGGUAUUAAGCAAUACCACC